GUAAAGCCCAGUGAGGGUGGCAGCAGCUGAGGCCUAGCAGAGAGCACCAUGAGCGGACAAGUCGGGGACCUGAGCCCGCAGCAGCAGGAGGCUCUGGCCAGGUUCCGGGAGAACCUCCAGGAUGUGCUGCCCAUCCUGCCCAAGGUUGAUGACUACUUCCUUCUGCGCUGGCUCCGAGCUCGGAACUUUGACCUUAAGAAAUCUGAGGACAUGCUCCGAAAGCAUGUGGAGUUCCGGAAUCAGCAGGAUCUGGACCACAUCCUCACGUGGCAGGCACCAGAGGUGAUCCAACUCUAUGACUCUGGUGGUCUGUCUGGCUAUGACUACGAAGGCUGCCCUGUGUGGUUUGACAUCAUUGGGACAAUGGACCCCAAGGGGCUCUUAAUGUCAGCCUCUAAGCAGGACAUGAUCCGGAAGCGUAUCAAAGUCUGUGAGAUGCUUCUCCAUGAGUGUGAGCUGCAGAGUCAAAAGCUGGGCAGGAAGAUUGAGAGAAUGGUGAUGGUGUUUGAUAUGGAAGGGCUGAGCCUAAGGCACUUAUGGAAGCCAGCUGUGGAGGUCUACCAACAGUUUUUUGCCAUCUUGGAAGCAAAUUAUCCUGAGACGGUGAAAAAUUUAAUAGUUAUUCGAGCUCCCAAGCUUUUCCCAGUGGCCUUCAACCUGGUCAAGUCAUUCAUGGGAGAGGUGACACAAAAGAAGAUAGUGAUUCUGGGAGGUAACUGGAAACAAGAGCUUCUCAAGUUUAUGAGCCCUGACCAACUGCCCGUGGAAUUUGGGGGGACUAUGGCUGAUCCUGAUGGUAACCCCAAGUGCCUGACUAAGAUCAACUAUGGUGGCGACGUGCCCAAGCGCUUUUACCUGAGCAGUCAGGAGAGGCCACAGUAUGAGCACAAUGUGGUUGUGGGCCGAGGCUCCUCUCACCAGGUGGAGAAUGAGAUCCUGUUCCCAGGCUGUGUGCUCAGGUGGCAGUUUGCAUCAGAUGGUGGAGACAUUGGCUUUGGAAUUUUCCUGAAGACCAGGAUGGGGGAACGGCAGAAGGCUGGAGAGAUGGUGGAGGUGCUGCCCAGCCAGCGCUACAACACCCACAUGGUGCCUGAGGAUGGGAGCCUCACCUGCCUCAAGGCUGGAGUCUAUGUCCUGCGCUUUGACAACACCUAUAGCCUCCUGCAUGCCAAGAAGGUCGGCUACACUGCAGAGGUGCUUCUUCCAGACAAGGCCUGCGAGGAGAAGUUGCAGGGCCUUGAGUCAACGAGCCCUCCAUAGGACAGCAAAGACUCUGGCUGCCUCUGACCAUGCUCCAUCCAACUCCUUCACAUACCUCUUGCACCCCAGGCAGGGUGAUGCUGAACAUGACUACAGAGAUCUCCAACCCUCAUCUCCACCUCUACCUCCCUUUGGACCACUCAGACCCAGGCCAGCACUUUCAUCCCCUGUACCCAGAGAAUGGGGCUGAGGGUGACAUCACUUGUCCACUGAGAAAGGACCCUGACCCUUGUUCUCAUCCUCCUGAAGACACUCACCCACCCAGGAUUCGGCCGUACCUGCUCUCCCAGCUGGGAUUGGGUACAUGGAGUCCAUGCCCCAUACUCCACAGGAAGCACAGCUGCAGCAUGGCUUCUCUCCAAUUGGAGGUCAUCAAGGAUGGGAAGGGCCAGCUGGAGGCAGCUGGGCAGGCUGUGAAGGAGGGAGAGACCCCAGCAUGAGCACAGCAUCAAGACCUUUCAAAAUCCCCCCACCCCUGGAAGGAACAACAGCUGCAAGAGAGGCAGGGCAUGGUGGGGACACCUAGAGGAAAAGCCACACUCAGCUUCAUGAGGUUGAGUGGGUUGCUGGGUACAUACAUGUGCACAUGCAUCUCCUGCACAUACACACACCUGCUAUGAAGAGACACACAUACACACAUGUGCACAUGCGCCUCCUGCACAUACACACACCUGCUAUGAAGAGACACACAUACAUACACACAUGUGCACGUGCACCUCCUGCACAUACACACACGUGCUAGGAUCCUACUGAUACUCUGUUUUGACAUUUCCUCUUUCUGAAGGCAGUUGCUCAGGCAAAGCCAUCAUCAUGCUCACUGUGUAGCCCAGGCUGGCCCUGUAUUAGUCUGCCUCCCUCAGUGUCUUGAAUGCCAGUGUUGCAGACGGGCAUCAAUAUGCCUAGCCUGGGUGGAACUCAGGACCAGAGCUAAGCAGCAGAGAGGCACAGGUCCUAGAGGGCAGGGUCAAUUGCUCUGGGGGUUCGUCCUGACCUCUAACCUGCUUCUUGGAGAACCUUCUGGCUUUCCAUCCGUCAGCGUGUCUAAGGAGAGAGUUGAAGCUGCCCACAUCACUUCCUGUGUGACCCAGGAGCCAGCAGGUGAUGGCUUGAUGCAUGUGAUAUCUGAAAGGCUGGCCCUCCUGGCAUACACAGGUAGUCAGACAGCCCGCUAUUGCUCCGUUGGGUGUACUGAACCUAACAGCAGAUACUGCUGAGCUGGAUUCAGUGUGCCUCUGUGGGCUAGCUCUGAGAAGUGAUGACCUGUGGCCUAGGAGCUUAGGCUGUCCUGUACUGUCCCCUCCUGGGCCUCUGGCUGGGACAAAAGACCUGUAUCCCACCUGUAUCCUGGGUGGCUUAGACACUGGCUUAGGUUACUGAUGUUGCCUUCUUUGUUUGCCCUUCUGUGCUGCUGAGCCAAAUGUCCCUGGAAUUAAUGAUCAGAUAGACAUUUCUGGAAAGGGAGUCCUUGUUUAGCCUAGAUGCCUUAGCAGACACAACCUUGUCAAAGCAUCUUGCAAGCAGGAAGUCAGGCCUUUUCUGCUUCCCGAUCCCAUCUUUGGUUUUCUCUGCUUGCUAGAUGUCUUCAUUAUCAAAGACAUUUUAAUGGAGAAAAACGGUAAACCUUGAAGAUAAGGGAGCUCUUCAGUAUAGCCCCUAGUCACUGUCUCUGUACCAGUUAGACUAUCUAUUUACAGCCAAGGUUUCGAGUCUGAAUAAGGGGUUAAAUGCCAAGAGGCAGUGCCAGGAGAAAUUUCUGCCUAAGAUCAGUUUAAGCAGAUUUUCAAGAGGAAAAAAAAAUUUGUGGUUUUUCUGGAUCCAAAGAGAUAGCCUAGGGCUGUUAGGCAAGAGUCACCAGGCAUUUUCCAAAUCUAGGGUUUUUCCUGCACUCACGAUGUGGCAAGCAUAGAACCCCUCUUGUUUCUCUAAAGCAACCCAGCUUCUUGGGGUCAAUUCACAUCUUUUGGCAGACUGAAAGGGUUGUUGCUGUGAUUAGGAAAACCUCAACUUCAUCCAUCUCGAUUCUUGUCUUGACAAGCUCUCAGAAUGAUUAGUGUCAUUAAAAUAAGAGGCCUCUGGACUUGAACCCUUCCAAGCACCCAAUUUUCCCCAUCAGUACAGACUCAUUACUAUUUCUUGCUGGUAAUGGAGACAUACCUGCCUGUGCACAAAGACAGCUGAUCCUCCCAUCACAGAGACAGACAGACACCUGUUGCUGGGAGCACAGGGGUAGGCCGCAGGCAUGAGAAGUGAGCUGCAGAUACCAGUGGCUCUGGAUUCCAGAGCUGGCACAAGAUACCUCACAGUUAAGCAAGGAGCACAGAGGUCACCUGAGGAGGUGAGACAGAAACUGCCUGAGAAAAGGGCAUUGAGAGCUCAGGGGGUCUUGUGGGAUUAAACUCUCACUCCUGCAGGCUUAUCUAAUCCUCUGACAUUGCAACACAAUGCUGUCAUCUGUAAAGUUCAUGACUGAGAAUCAUGCCAACCAAGUUACAAAUCAAACCAAAAACCCACAGAAAACACCCACAAAACAUUUCACACAACCUUAUGGGUUUGGUGUUUGGUUCAUAUCAACUCUGGACCUCAUGUGGCUUAUAGGGUCAGGUUGGACACCCUGCUAGAGUGUCGCUUUUGAUUUCUUUCCUCCCCCUCCUUCUUCCCCUUCUUACUGUUCCUCCUUUCUCCCCUCCUCCUCCUUCUCCUUCUCCUCCAUCUUUCCCUUCUUAGUUCUUCAUUUCCCUCCUCUAUCGUUAGAACUCAGGUCAUUGCACAAGCUACACAAGCCCUCUGCUUGUGAACUACAUUCCCAGCCAAAAAAACAAAACAAACAAAAACCCCUGAUGCUUUUUUACAAAAAAAAAAAAGUUUCUGCCUUCAUUCAUUUAGUCAUCGUUCUUCAGUGUUUACUGAGCAUCUGCUCAGCACCUGGCAUUGAGGGCCCUGGGGACAGUAAGCACCCUGGGCUGAUCUAACUCUGCCAAUGGGAAGCUUGCUCUCACAUUUAGAGAAGCAGAAGUGACCUUGAUGAUCAGAAGUCAAAUGUGCAUGCUGUCUUCUGGAGCCUUUGUGGGGGUGGGCACACCCAGAAAAGAAUGAGCUUUGGCUCAAGGAACUGACCAUUGAAGGACUGGGGUGGGUGACCUGAUGGGGACACUCUUCCAGGCUGUGAGGGAUGGGAUGAGUGGCCAUAGGGUGUUUGGGGCCAAAGGGGAGUCAGGGAAACACAACUUAUGUAGAUAUCAGAUCAUGUUAAUAGAUGUCAAUAAAUUGUACUUCAAUGUAAGUUACAAAAU